AUUUGAUAGCCGAAUUGGUGAUAGUUGGAAUAAAUUAGUUUGAUUUACGAAUAUUAAAAUGAAAAAUUGACCACAAUGCUUAAAAUAAGUAACUCAACAAGGCGAAUUGUUGAUUUGCCUCUGGAGAUUUUAGAAUCCAUUUUGAGAUACCUAAGUGUAUCAGACCAAAUUUCCUUUGGAGCAACAUGUCGCUACUUUUAUGAAGUGACAUGUGGAAUACACUUCUGCGGAAGAGAGAAAGUUAUUCUUUGCAAAGACAAAAUGGAUGGUGAUCGACCUCUGAUCCAGGUACUUAGAAAUUCAACAAAAAAGUUUCAUCAUUACUACUUUGAGCAAGUGGAAUUUGGAGAUAAGUUGGAAGAUUUUUGGCAAACAUUUGGUCCAGAUAUUUAUUCUCUAUAUAUUGCACGAUGUGAUAUGCAAGAAAAAGCACUUGGAGAAGCAUUAUCUGAAUGUAGCCAUUUAGAGGAAUUGCAUAUUAUAUCAUGCCAUGAUAUUCUUAUGUCAGGAAGACUAUUGGAAUCAAAAGAAGAAAGGGCAAUCUUGAAAAAGACUCUAAAUCAAUUGAAAUUCUUAGAUCUUUCCAGUAACAGAUACUUGUCAGAUGCACUAUUUACAAGAUUUGCUCAUUUGACUAACAAGAUGCACACCCUUUUCCUAAAUGGGUGCAAUAUAUCGUUUCACAAAGGAUUGUAUAAAAAAUUUUACCCAUCACAAAAUUUUGACUCACCCUCAGAAAGUGUGUUAACUUUUAAGUUUAUAUUAGAAUUUUUAAGAGAUCAAGCAUCAACUAUAAAAAGCUUAGACUUCAGUAGCACACUGAUUGACGGAUCUGCAUUAUCAUCGCUUGCGCAGAUACAAGGAUUAGAAUUAAGUUGCUUGAAACUGCAGCAAUGUGAUCAACUCACCAACUCAGGGAUAUUGGAGUUGUGCAAUAGGCAACAAUGUUUAGUUGAAUUAGACUGUUCGUUUUGCUCUCGAAUGACUGAUCAAUCUCUGAUAGCAAUAUCUAACGGCUUAAUUAAUUUGCAAAAGUUGUACAUUCGUAGAUGCAGGGCACUAACAGAUGUUGGUAUAAGUGAAUUGGAUAAACUUGUAAAUCUUAAAGUACUGGAUAUUUCUGAAUGUAGCACUUUUAUCACAUCAAAAGGGAUAGAAGAAGCUAUAUGUUCAAAAUAUAAUGAAAGGAUGAAUGAACUUAUUUUGGGAGGAUUAGAAAUUACAGAAAAUGUUGUUUUACUGAUCACUGAUAAUUUACCUAAUCUAAGAGUCCUAGAUUUAGGUGGAUGUGGUAAUGCUGUGACUAAUCUUUGUGUUCAGAAUAUUUGCAGUAAACUCCAAUGGCUUCGAGAAUUGAACUUAGAUCAUUGUUACCGAGUUACUGAUACUGGUUUAACUGGAGUUCUUUGCACUACUGUUGACGAUGAAAUGUUAAAUUUUUAUAGAAUGACUCAUGCUGCAAAAACUCAGGAAAAUAUGAUGAUAAAUUUAAAAAUAAAUGAGGGUUAUAAUCAUUUCAAUGAUGAAAAUCUUAUGAAUGGAGACAACGGUAUUGCCAAACUGCGUGGUCUAAUGGUUUUAAAGUUGCAAGGCUGUAGAUUGACGGAUCUUAGUCUUAAAGCAUUGAGAUUUUUAGAACUCAAAAAGCUAAGUUUGAGCCACUGUUUAGAGUUUACAUUAGCAGGAUUUGAAAACAUGGUUCAAUACUGUCCUGCUUUGGAAAUUUUGAAUCUUGAAGCUAGUAAAGUGGUAACAGACGAAAUAGUAUUAUGUAUUGUGAAAAAUUUACCAAGAUUGAAAGUACUGGUGUUAGAUAAAUGUACGCAGAUUACCAAUUCAUCUUUGGACUCAAUUUUGUGUUACGGAAAAUAUAUCAGGUAUGUGUCAUUUAAUGGAUGUGAACAGCUUAAUGAUUUUAGAAAAUUAAGUGACUUGAACUCUAAAGUACCACAUUGUAUUGUGGAACAUAAUGUAUUAUCAUCCGAUGCAUAUGUAAAUUGGAAAAGUACAGAAUACUCUUCCUCUAAUUGGAAAACCACAGAAUACUCUACCUACGAUCCACAAUUUUAAACAAAAAACGCCAUGUAAAAAGAACAUUUUAGUAGUUGAAAUACUAAUAUAUUUUUUACAUUCUCUUA